CUGCGCGGUGGGUUGUGGGUGUGUGAGCGUCGAAGUAAAAUGGCGGACUUGGCAAACGAAGACAAGCCUGCCAUAGCGCCUCCUGUGUUUGUUUUCCAAAAAGAUAAAGCACAGAAGCGAUCUGCGGAGGGCUCAAGUGCAGAGGAUGGAGAAGAUUCAGAUAAAGACGAGGGAAACUAUUGCCCCCCUGUGAAAAGGGAAAGGACCUCAUCGUUCCCACCCCCACAUUCUGUUCCCAAGAACAAUGUAUUCAUGCCCUCAAGUUUCUGCCAGUCUCCAACUGGGAACUCUGACUCUGAGCCAGAGGAGAAGCCUGUGGGAUUCCGUUUAAAGCCACCAACUCUCAUACACGGACAGGCACCAAGUUCAGGUGUCCCAAGUCAGAAACCCAAGGAGCAGCAACGCAGUGUCCUCCGCCCUGCAGUUCUCCAGGCACCGCCCUCUAAAUCACAUAUAGAGUCCAAUUCUAUUUGUGGAACCAACGGUGUGAAAAAGUCCUCAGAUGGAGCACCUGUGACCCAGUCCCUCUUCCUGAACAACACAGAGCACUCAUCCCCCCAGGCCAAGUCACAGAAACAUGAAAAUGAGGAAGAUGGUGCAAGUGGUCACAAAGACAGAGACGAAAGGGAGAAGAAGGAGACAGAUGUAGCAAUAUCUUUUGUGUUUGGUCAGAAUAUAAAAGACAGAGCAAAGUUGGAAGAGAACAGUUCAGAAGGCAAGUCAAAGGAUGGUGCGCCACUGGAAUCAGAGGGCACUAAUUAUUUCUUACAGUACAUCUCUACCCCAAGUUCAAAAAAUGCCACAAACAGUACAGACAGUGGGGCAAAAUUUGUAUUUGGGCAGAACAUGUCUGAACGAGUUCUGAGUCCCCCGAAGGGCGAGUCCUCAAAUGAGGAAACUAAAGAAGUUACAGCUGCCCCUGCUUCAGAGCCCUCAUCACAGGAAACGACCCCGGAGAAGGAGGGUGUAGUGGGCUCAGUUUUAAAGCUACAGAGAAGACCUAAGGAAUCCAUUGUGAACAGCGUGUCAGAGUCUUUGGAGGAAUCUGCAGCAGCUUACACCAAAGCCACAGCCAAGAAGUGCAUCUUAGAGAAAGUGGACGUCAAAACUGGAGAGGAAUCAGAAAGCAAUGUUUUACAGAUGCAGUGCAAGUUAUAUGUUUUUGAGAAGACUGCUCAGUCGUGGAUAGAGAGAGGUCGAGGUUUGCUGAGGCUCAACGACAUGGCAUCAACAGACGACGGCAUGCUACAGUCCCGUCUAGUGAUGAGGACCCAGGGCAGCCUCCGGUUGAUCCUCAACACUAAACUUUGGCCCCAGAUGCAGGUGGACAAGGCCAGCGAGAAGAGCGUACGAAUCACUGCCAUGGACACAGAGGACCAGGGGGUCAAGGUCUUCCUAAUAUCGGGUAGCUCUAAGGACAUUGGUCAGUUGGCUGCAGCGUUACAUCACCGUAUCCUAGCCCUGAAGAGCAGGGCAGAGCAGGAGCCUGAGGUCCCAGUACCAACCAUCCCGGAGGCCGAGGUACCGCAGUCCAACGAGGACGACAGUGACGAGGAAGACAAUGCCUCUGCUUCGGCUUCAGCCUCCACUCCUGCUACGAGUAAUUCAGAGGGAGGAGAGGGCCAGGCAGCAGGAAGCACAUAGCGUCACUCUUGGACAGCCUGCUACGAUGCUGCCAUUGAGGCAUUUUGCUGUAGGCAUCUCCAUGGACACCCCUUGACCAACAUGGGUCCUCCAGACCAGUACUUUUGGAUAUUAGAAGUCUAGCUCCAGGAAAUAACCCCUUGUGCCGGAGUGUCUCACCCAACUCGUGCAGUUCAUCUUCUCUGCAUUCAGCGUAAUAUCUGGAGUCGUUUCUUCCCUCCCUCUCCUGUUUUGUGUUUUAUUUUUGUUUUCGAGUAUUUUUUCCUCUCCCCGAUAGCAAAAAUAAAGACUUCAAAGCUUUGGUUUGGGACUUUUCUGCUCAUCAUAUUGAUGAGUGUAAGGGUGUUUUCCUCUACAUUUUAAAGUAUGGCACAUGUUAAGACUGCAGUUUCUACUUUGGGACCUUUUUACUCACUCUACAGCCGUAUCUCUGGACGCCACACAUCCAGAGGAGCUUCAUUCACAGUGUAUUUGACUAGUCAUCAAGUCAGUUGUUCCUCCAUCGAGUCCAGCCCUCCUCCUAUCCCCCCAUCCCAACCAGUCUGUGCGUUAGGUUUUGGCAAAUGUAAUUUAUUUUGGAUCGUCAUUUUCAUAAGGCAUCUCAACACAUAUGUGCUGUUUGUAAUGGCUAGCCAAGACCACUCAAGUUGUCAUUAAUAGCAGUUUCUUAUAUUUCAUAUUGACCUAUAUUAUACAGAAUAAAAGACUGAAACAAAGCGGUUUCUGCUAAUGUGAAUUAAUGAUGUGAGGACAAAACAGCAGAAGGAUUCAGCUCAAAUUUUCUCUAAAUUAAUAAGAUGUGUUAGUCAUGACUUUGUGGAUUUUUUUUUUAACGAUUUGUUUUUCUAAAUCAAGAAAAUUACGUCAUCAGUCUACAUUCUGCAUGUUACUGUUUUUUCCUUUUAUUCCUUUUCAGCAUCCCAUGGGUUUACUGUGUUGAUACAUAUUUUUAUUUUGAAAAUAUACAAACUUUUUAUCCAUUUUAAUUUGGAAAACAUGUUGGAAUGAAGACUGAAGUUCAUGUGUGGAAAAUUUGAGUGAUAACUCUUAAUACCCUUUGAAUGUCAUGUACAUUUAAAUAUGUCAUCAUUUAGUAGCGCACCAUGUUUUCUCAUCUCCUCCAACUACCCCCUUUACAAAAUAAACCAUUUUGGACUGACA